UCGUCGCUGUGCAUCCUGGGAGUGGUAGUUCCCGAGGCUCGCUGAGAGAAUGGCUCCCGGCGGGAGCGGGCCGCCCGGGGAACUACAAGCAGGAGGCGGGGCCCGGGACGAGGGUCUACGCGGCCAGCAGAGGCGAAGGCGGCUGGAACAGCAGCAUGAAGCGGACCCCGACCGCCGAGGAAAGGGAGCGCGAAGCCAAGAAACUGAGGCUUCUUGAGGAGCUUGAAGACACUUGGCUUCCUUAUCUGACCCCCAAAGAUGACGAAUUCUAUCAGCAGUGGCAGCUGAAAUACCCUAAGCUGAUUCUCCGAGAAGCCGGCAGCGUUCCUGAGGAGCUCCACAAGGAGGUCCAGGAAGCCUUCCUUGCGCUGCGCAAGCAUGGCUGCCUGUUCCGGGACCUUGUCAGGGUGCAGGGCAAAGAUGUGCUCACCCCGGUGUCUCGCAUCCUGAUUGGGAGCCCGGGCUGCACCUACAAGUACCUGAACACCAGGCUCUUCACGGUCCCCUGGCCGGAGAAGGGUGUGGAUGCGAAAUACAAUGAGGCCGAAAUAGCCACUGCUUGUCAGACCUUCCUGAAGCUCAAUGAAUACCUGCAGAUAGAGACCCUGCAGGCUUUGGAAGAACUCGCCGCCAAGGACAGGGAUAACAUCGAUGUGGUGCCGGUGUGCAUAGGCCCUGACUUCCCCAGGGUUGGCCUGGGGUAUGAAGGGCCGGAUGAAGUGGAGCUGAGGAACAGAGCCGCCUACAACAUGACUCUGCUGAAUUUCAUGGAUCCCCAGAAAAUGCCGUACCUGAAAGAGGAGCCUUACUUUGGCAUGGGGAAGAUGGCCGUGAGCUGGCACCACGAUGAAAACCUGGUGGACAGGUCAGCGGUGGCGGUGUACAGCUACAGCUGCGAAGGCCCUGAAGAAGAAGACAGUGAUGAUGACCCUGAACUUGAAGGCAGAGACCCUGACACCUGGCAUGUGGGCUUUAAGAUCUCGUGGGACAUAGAGACCCCUGGCCUGGCCAUCCCCCUUCACCAAGGAGACUGCUAUUUCAUGCUCGAUGAUCUCAAUGCCACCCACCAACACUGUGUUUUGGCUGGUUUACCACCUCGGUUUAGUUCUACCCACCGAGUGGCAGAGUGCUCCACCGGAACGCUGGAUUACAUCCUUCAGCGCUGCCAGUUGGGUCUGCAGAAUAUUCGUGAUGAAGCGGACAAUGGUGAUGUCUCUUUGAAGUCCUUGGAGCCUGCAGUUCUGAAACAAGGAGAAGACAUCCACAACGAGGUUGAGUUUGAGUGGCUGAGACAGUUUUGGUUUCAAGGCAAUCGAUACAGAAAGUGCACUGAUUUUUGGUGUCAACCCAUGACUCAACUGGAAGAACAGUGGAAGAAGAUGGAAGUUGUGACAAAUGCUGUGCUUUGCGAAGUUCGACGAGAGGGUCUCCCAGAGGAACAAAGGAGGGAGAUCCUGUCUGCCAUCCUCGCCCCGCUCACCACGCGCCAGAACCAGAGGAGGGAGUGGCGUGCCAGAUUUUUCAACGUCAGCUUCACAGCCCUGUCUGAAGCAGGAGUCCUGUUAUUCCUGUUUGCCAGAUGAGAAAGCCGAGGCUUCAUAAAGUGACUCACGAGGCCGGGCAGCCUCCAGCACGUAGCAAGAGCAGAGAGCUCCACGGCGCGAGAUGAGCCUCGUGCUGGCCCCAGGCCAGUUUUCUGUCUCGCCUCAGAUCAUCUCUUCCCUCAGCAGAGGCCUCACGCUAAGAGCCAAGAGGCCUUGUCCAGCCUGAGGCCCACUGCUCGCUAUCGGGCGAGUGCUCUGUGUCGGGAUCCCUUGCUGGGCCUCCAUUUCUUCCUCAAGACUGUGCCAUGAAGUGUCCCAAACACGAGUGGAGCAAGCGUCCGACUCCAGACAGUCUUGUCCCAGAACCCACCCUGUCCACCAUCAUGCUGAAAAAUGCAGUUGAGUUGUUUGCCAACAUUUUAAAACCUGGAGAAUUCCCACACCAGUGAAGAUGUCUGACUUCUUGGGGAAGAAAACCCCAGAAGACGGCCAGCAUUGGUCGCCCUCCCUUCCCAGCCACCCCUCAACAGUUGCCUGACCCAGUAGGUGGCUGCCCAUCUGCGAGGGGAUAGAUGGCACCUGCCUGGGGGCCACCACCCCCACUUCUACUGCUGUUCUCUUUUCUUUUUUUAGAUUUAUUUAUGCAUACAAGAACUGGGGUGCAGGCCAGAGGUUUGGGGGGUGAGAGGACCUGCCAGAGACAAAAUGGGGAGCAGAACAGGCAGACCUACUGAAAUCCACUGCUGAGGGGAGCAGCGGGGAGGCAGGAGAGGUCUGCUGCGCCAUGUGGGUAGCUCCCUGGUCGGGCAUCGAACUCAUGCUGCAGUGGCUGCCAAUAGCUUCAUAGGUUGUGUCUUAACCCCUUGCACCACCAGGGAGGCCCCUCCACUGCUGUACUCUUUGGGGCCCACUUGGGUCCUGGUAACACUUUAUCGAGGGUCUCCCAAGUUCUGGAAUGAUGUGCUCCUAAAUGUCUGUUUUAUCGUAGGGGCUACUCUCUUGAGUCUGGAAUCUGUGCCUCCCCACGUGGGAGCACCUCUUUCUCUGCCUGGUGGUGCUCCCACCUCAGAUGGGCCAGAUGACUGUUGGGGGGGCCAGGAAGGGAGGAGAGGAGCCAGCACUGUCAGAGCUGUGGUGGUAACAGCUCUGGCCUAGGGCUCGGUCGGUGUGUGGCUAGAGGCUCCAGCCUCUCUGCGUGUCAGAACGAAAUACAACUGUAGCAUCCAACAAUGAAGAGGAAGGCUUUGGCAGGUACACAGCCUCCUCAGCUAGAGAUUUAUAUAUUUAAGAAGGACUUUUCUAAGAACCGAGUCUUGAUUAUUUGUUCCAUGUUGGGCCAAGCCAGUGCAUUAUUGGUGAGAUAAUGAGUGGUGUUCACCCAAGGGUAAUCCUUUCAGGGAUUUUGAUGAUGCAGUAAAUCAUGAGUGUAAAGCCUGAGUGGUUUAUGCCAUUAAAACCUCAAGAUAGAAUUAGACUUGUAAUCACCACUUGCCCAUGUUUUGUAUUUAUGAUAAUUAUAGUAGUAAUAAUCUGUGUAUUGUUGAGAAGUAGCAGUCAGCAGCAUCCAUCAAUUUUUUAUCGACACCAAAUCAAGUUGAUACUUCAUCUUUGCUGCAAAAAUGUAGAUUGCACCAAUUAGUCUAAAGAAAUUGGGCAGUCAUUAGCAAUGAGGUAAGCAGUUAAUCUACAGAACAUUUCUGGUUCCUCUGAUGCCAACAAUCCCUCUUAAUUAUGUAGAAUAUCGUGAGUGGCUUUGGGACUCUGUCAAUAGUGCUACUGGCUUCUGUGAGAAGAAGCACCUAUGUCCCUGCUUUUAUUUAAGAGAAUGCACUAAUACCUCCCCGCCCCCACCUGGUGCCUCUGUGAGUCCGGGUGAAUUUAUUCCGAAGCAGAGCACUUGAAUCAAAGCAUUGGCAUUUUCUUUCUCUUACAUGGAAGUAGGAAAUUUUCCCAAUGGACUUCUUUGAGUGAUGGUGUUUUAGCUCACCACGCCAAACUGGUUGCCCUUACGCAAAUCAUGGAGUAAUCAUCUCCUUAAAAAGAAGUCUGAAUUUGAAGGAAAAAUGUAGUUUAUGAAGAAAUCCUGUGUCAAGGAGCUUCCUCCAUCUUCUCAAGUGCUUUCCUCGGGCUCGACCAGUCUAGAAGACAUUUUCAAUCAGCAUGGCCCUCAGAUUAUACCAAGGAGAUGAAUAAUGCAGGGUAGAAACUUCGAGUGUCUUCUAUUUAGGAAAUUUGGGGAAGAAAGAAUAGAGCAAAAUAACUCGCUUUUCAUUCCCUACCAUGACCCCAACUCUGAUCAUUUUUUUGUAGGUUUUAUUCCGAGCUCUUAAACACAU